UUGAAACUAUUGUGGGUUGGAGUGAAAUCCCUUGUGAAAAACGUUCAAGUAUUGAUUAAGCUUAAUUUGUACGGGUGGUGAGGAUUGAGAAUAUGGGACACCGCUGCUGCAGCAAACAGAAGGCGAAGAAAGGGCUUUGGUCUCCUGAAGAGGAUGAGAAGCUCAUCACACAUAUCACUACUUAUGGCCAUGGCAGUUGGAGCUCUAUCCCUAAACUUGCUGGAUUGCAGAGGUGUGGUAAAAGCUGCAGAUUAAGAUGGAUAAACUACUUGAGACCAGACCUUAAGAAAGGUUCCUUCACACAAGAAGAAGAACAGAUCAUCAUUGAUGUUCACAGAAUUCUAGGCAACAGAUGGGCUCAGAUUGCCAAGCAUCUCCCCGGAAGGACAGACAAUGAGGUGAAGAAUUUCUGGAACUCAAGCAUUAAGAAAAAGCUAAUAUCACAAGGUCUAGACCCACAGACCCACAAUCUGAUCUCGUCGUCGUCACACCAAAGAGCUUUUUCAAAUAAGAACAAUUCAUUUGUCGUUUCACAUGAGAAUCAAAAACAACCCAUUUCAGCUUUCUCAAUGAUUUCAGUAGUACAUGAGAAAACAAAGCAUAAUUCAUCACCUCUUAUCAGCCCUCCUUAUAACAAUGUCCAAACAACAGACAUAUCCACCGUUGAUCAAUAUAAAGGCCCUAUUAUUGGAGUUAAAAAUAGUAGUAAUUUAGCUACUUGGACAGUAAAAGAUCAAAAUUACUCAUCACAUGAUAUGCAAUAUUAUUAUGGAUCAUCAUCAAUCGAAAACUCGACACCAAAUAUUUCUUCAUCUUCUUCCUCUUCUGUGGACAUUUACCAACAUCUACCCAUGCCUGGUUUAUUACUUGAUGAGUUUGGCAUUUGGGACUCAAGUUUUCAGCCGUUUGAAGCGCCGAAAACAAUAUCGGAAGAUUUGGGAGAUAAUCAUCAAGAGCAACAGCUACAACAGAAUGAUGAGAAGAUUUGGGACAAGAACUUUGAAAACUACAGUUUUGAUCAUGGAUUUAUGGAGUCUGCACUUUUAUCUGAAGCAUUACUGUGUCAUGAUCUUAGCUCUGUGCAAUAUGAUCUUGCAUGGAACUACUAAGCUUAAGCGUAGUUUUCUUGUAUGAAUGAUUCCUUUUUUUUCCCCCUACUUCUUUUGGGCGCAAGUGUAACUUGAUUAUUUUC